AUGAAUGGGCCAUUUUAAAAAAGUCCAAAAUGAAUUGUUUAAACAAACAAAAAUAGUUACUGCCUAUUGAAAUAUUUUAAUAUAUAUAAAAUUUGGUUAAUUGACAUUAGUAUAACCUCGAAUUGAUAAGUGGAAGUGUUGUUCUGCCGCAAGUAGCAGGUCGUGCGGCUCCUGAUUCCAACUCUUCUUACUUCCUCGCCCGACUAUGUUUUGCAACAAGUUUUUGCUCCCAAGGGGCUUGACCCCGAUAUCACAAAUACUUCCUGCUAAUUUGCAGAAACGGACCACUUUCAUAUUGAAACGAAAGUGGCAAGAGCCGCUCCGCAAAAAGGGCUAUGGUCGAAGGGAUUUGAGAGCAAAGAACUUUGUAUAUGAUCUUGUCGAAGAUACAUUGGUUAAGAAGCAGAAAAAUCUAAGUGUGACCCUUACCCAGUACGUGGAGAGUGUAGGCGGACAAGGAGAGGUCAUUUCAGCCAAACCGAAUGCAGCUUACAACAAGCUGAUCCUUCCAGGAUACGCGAAAUACACAGAUGCUCAGCAAACCACUGAAAAGAAGGAUAUUGAUUACGCUGAGCAUAGCUCGCCUUUUGCACAACGGACCAUAAACAUGCUCAACCGCAUUACCUUAGGUGUGGUCAUGAACAAAGAUGUCCCCUGGGUACUCGAACCAUGGCAUAUACGUGUGUCUCUUCGUAAAGUUGGAUUCUACUGCGAUGAUUCUUGCAUUACCCUUCCGAGCACACCUAUCAAGGGGCCGGAUCUAGAUAUAGAAAAUAAGGAUUUCUAUGUUACCAUCACUAUAAAUAAUAAAGAGAAAACUGAAUUAAAAUGUCGCAUCCACCACUGGAGUACGGAUCCUAGCAAUCGCCUUCCCUAUGUUUUCGAGCAUUGGAAGCAGGAGUCAGAGCCGUUAAAUAUACCAAGUGAUCAAGUUUAGUUGACGAAAUAGUUAAAAGUAUUGUAAUAUGUGAAAUAAAAUUUCUGUAAAUUAACGAA